UUUAUCAGUGCGUCGAAGAGGAUAGUUCCUUCGGUAACAAAUACAACUAUUUCAGUGACUGAAGUUGCUAGUGCUAAACCACGAAACAGAAAUUUUAACGAAAACAACGUCGACAACCUUAAACUCCAAUGGACCAAUAAUUAAGCUCAACAAAAAAAUACAACUCCGAUUGCCCACUUGAUAUUAUAAAUGUGUAUCUCCGUCAAACACAAAUCAAAAGCAAGAUGUAUCAGCAGCUAAUCAUAAUUGCCGUCUUCCUCUUCGUACGAAUUUCAGGAUCAGCUUUGCACGGAUCUUGUUUAAUUAACGAAGACUGCGGCACCAUCGACACGUAUUGCAAGGACGGCGUUUGUUCGUGCAAACCGAACUUCAUAGUGUGGUACGACAGUUGUCUGCAAAUAACCACACCUCCGAUGCACUGCAGAAAAAAGGACGAGUGUCAGAAUGUUUUAGGCGCGCGAAGUUUAUGCACGAGAAACAACGUGUGUGCGUGCAGACCGUUUCAUCAUUUGCACAACGGACAAUGCGUCAAAAAUAGAGAUUUGCAUGAUAUAUGCGAACACGACCACCAGUGUUACUGCGGAGUGGACUGUGGCGAUAAAAUAGCCUGUAUUGGACGUAAUUGUACAUGUAAACCUGGACACAAGGCUUAUCGCAGCAGGAGAUGCAUUUCAAUUGAGCCAGUUCACACGGUGGUGCAACACACAAACCUAGUGGGCGGUUCCACAUCAAAUAAAGGACUGAUUAAUAUUUUAACACUAUUCUUAUUUAUAAGACUUUUUGUAAAUAAUAUAUUUUUAUAAUUUAGCAUAAUUAAUAUUUAUAUAUUUUAA